GGCCCCGGUACGGCGCACGCGGGGGGCCAAGAGUCCUCCUGCGGCGAAGCGGGCCAGAUGGGGACGGAGCGGCGCGAAGGGGCCCAGGCCGGGCCCGCCUCCCAGCGCCCCCCGGGCGGCCCGACCUUCACGCUGGCCGAGGUGGCGAAGCGCAACACCCCGAGCGAGGCGUGGCUGGUCCUCCACGGGCGCGUCUACGACGUCACCCCCUUCCUGCACGAGCAUCCCGGAGGCGAGGAGGUUUUGCUUGAGCAAGCUGGCAGAGAUGCCACGGAGUCCUUUGAAGACGUGGGUCACUCUGUGGAUGCCCGGGAGAUGCUCGAUCAGUACCUCAUUGGAGAGGUUCAUCCGAGUGACUGCAAACCUGAGGGCCCCAAGGUUCCAGGCAAACCGGCAUCAAACGAGGACAGUGUGUGGACCAUGUGGCUGAUCCCCAUUUUGGGAGUCUUGAUCCUGGGCUUCAUGUACCGCUACUACAUGGACGGGAGGUCCUCCUGAUGUGAUCUGGCUCAACCUCGCAAUGUCCCCGUGACCCUCCCAUCCGUCCUUCACUGGCCAGCCCAGCCAUACCGGUGCCUGCAGAGCCAAGCUGGAAUCAGGGGGGCCCACCAGGCCCUCGCCCUCCCAGCAGAACCCAGUUCCCAGCCAUUCCCUGUGACGACCCGCGUCCAUCUUUAGCAGCUUCAUUGAGCAGCAGGUUCCAGCUUGUGGCUCCCGAAAUCCAUGUUGGCCUGUCUUGUUUGUCCUAAGAGAGGAGGACGGCAUGCUUUCAUCAUCCCUGCCCAGAACGAGACUAGCACAAGAAAUGGUUCCACCAGCACAGCUGGACGACGUGACCAAAACAGCAGCGCACAGCUGGCAUCAGGGGGCUUUCCUGUGAAACGGUUAAACAAGGCCCAUUUUCCUGGCCUUUUUAAUUACCCGCCUGUUCUGUAAUAAAACGGUUCCACACAUCCUCUGUA